AUGAUUCUCUCUCUCUCUCUCUCUCUCUCUCUCUCUCUCUCUCUCUCUCUCUCUCUCUCUCUCUCUCUCUGCCUGUCUCUGUUUGUCUCUCUGUCUACUCAGAUGCGGCACUUGUUAGUUGAGGAGCUCCAGGAAUGUGUUCCAGGUGGAAAUAUUCUCAAGAAACGAGACCCUGAAGCUGCCAAAGAUGAUAACUCCCUUUUGUUGAGGGCAGCAAACAGUCUAGUGGCCAAUCAUCCCCAGAAGAAUGAAUAUGAAUACACGAUGGGAAUAUUUGUUCCCGAGAGUGGCACAUAUCCAAAUGUGCCUAAAUGCAUCAGCUGUCUUCAAAUCUGUAGGAAUUCCGUCCGUCACGCAUGGCAUUUAUUUGCAGAGUUCCUUGUUUGUUUUUGUUUUCUAUUUGUGAUGCACCAAGUACCGACCAUAGCCCUAAGCAUCCUUGCACAACUCAUCUUCCCGUCUUGA